GAGAAACGGGACGGGCGCACGGCAGAUCAACAACGGCAGCCAUGUUCGGCAAGAUAGUUCUGUUCCUUUCCGCAUUGGCUCUGGCAGGAGCGCAGAUACCCAGCCUCGGCUUCUGCCCCGAAUACGUACCUAUGGCCAACUUCGACAUGACCAAGUUCUUAGGCGUUUGGUACGAGGCUGAGAGGUAUUUCCAAUUGACGGAGGUGGUGUCGAGAUGCGUGAUGGCCAAUUACACGUUGGGCGCGGAUGGGAAAUUCCGUGUCAGCAACGAAGUAACGAACAGAUUCACGGGGAUCAAGAGGGUGUUGGAGGGCGAGAUAAAGAAAGCCGCCUCGAAAGCGGAGGAGGGAAAACUGAUCGUCAAGUACACGAUCCCGUUGACACCCGAGACCAAGUACUCGGUCCUCGAGACGGACUACGAAUCGUACGCUGUCCUGUGGAGUUGCUCGGGCAUCGGCCCGUUCCACACCCAGAACGCGUGGGUCAUGACGAGGGAGAGAUUGGCGCCGGGCACGGUGUUGCAAAAGGCGUACGCAGUUCUGGACAAGUACAAGAUCUCGAAAACGUUCUUCGUGAAGACGAAUCAGGAGGACUGCGCCCUGUUGGACGCGAAACCGUCCCAGGAGCCGCAGGUCGAGGGGGGAGGGGAGAAGCCGGAGGAUGUGAGGUCGGCGGUGGCGCCGGACGCGCCGCAGGCGAUCCUCGAUUCGAAGGAAAGGCCCAACAGCGAGGAGAAGCAGCCGGCGGCCAACACGGUUCCGGAACGCAUCAUGGAAGUGGCGGAUACUGUGAGGGGGGAGGGGGAGACGAAGGCGCCGACGAAGGCAGAGGAGGGGGGAGGGUCGAGGGGAGCGUACGUUGUGGCCAACCUUGAAUCCGCUUCUCCUCCGAUCCUCGAGUCUUCAACGUGUGUACAACGAUUCGAAAUGUUGCGGAUAUACUUGAUCCUAACGAUCGCAGCAACCGCGGCGAUGGCGCAGGUACCAUUUUUGGGCUCGUGCCCCGUAGUGGAAACCAUACCGAAUUUCGAUAUAAAAAAGUACGUGGGCAAAUGGUACGAGAUCGAAAAAUAUUUCGCCUUCUUCGAGUUCGGCGGGAAAUGCGUUACGGCGAUUUACAGCGAGGGCGAGAAUAGCGCGAUCAAUAUUUUGAACAAGCAGAUAUCGGCCCUGACCGGAGUUUCGUCGAGUAUAGAGGGGGUUGGAAAACCGGUUGUCAAGAUCGAAGAGGCGAAAUUGAUCGUUACAUUCCCAACUUUGCCCCUUCCGGUGGACGCCCCUUAUUGGGUUCUUGACACCGAUUAUACGAGCUACGCUGUCGUGUGGAGUUGUUCCAACUUCGGCGUGUUUAGCAUGAGGAACGUUUGGAUUUUGGCGAGAGAACCGAAGCCACCGGUAUCCGUGUUGGAGAAAGCGUAUCAAGUAUUGGAUAAAAAUAAUAUAAGCAGGGCGUAUUUUAUCCGUACGGAUCAGAAAAAUUGCCCUCUAGAGAAUUAAAGGGAGAACGAUCGAUCGAAAAUCAUCGUUUGUUCGAAAGAGUAAGUCGUUUCGUUUGUAAAAUACGUUUUGUGCUCAACUUUAUUAGCGAUUAUUUAUUCAUCUUUAUUUAUUCUUUUUGAUAAUUUGUAAGUAUAAAUUUGCUUUAUCGAGCGUCGAUAAAGAAAUUUGGAUACGUCAAAUUUAUAUUAAGACCGUGCAAUCGAAUAGCUUAACGAGACUCGACCUUAUUAUCAAUUUAUAAUUUAGCUUGAUUUUGUAAAAUUACGAGUAUUAAAAUUUUACGCUUUUUAUUGCAUAAUAAAUAUUCACCGGAGCAGAUGUAGAUAUAGUUAAAAUGUUAUUAUAUACCUUAUGGUAACGUGUUGUUAUAUUUAUUUAUUUAUGUGCUAAAUAGAACGAUGUAAUGUACGAUAAGAUAAAAAAAAUAUAUUAAAAAUAUGUGAUAAUGAGAAAUUUUAUAUCGAAGAAUUAAAAAAAUGUUUGAAAUUGUGAA